CUCCUUUCUGUGUUUGUUUUGCAGACAGACGCUGGAGGCUUCUUCCUACUCAGUGGUGCCGUGUAAGACCUCCACUAUCGCAGGACAUCUCGCUCAGUCAGCCGCCUUGGACACAGAUGGACCAGCAGGCCCAGUCCUAUAUGCUUGCCAGUCUGACACGGCCUCACUCAGAGCAGCUGCUGCAAGGCCUACAGCUGUUACGGCAAGAUCACGAGCUGUGCGACAUCGUGCUACGUGUGGGCGAUGCCAAGAUCCACGCGCACAAAGUGGUGCUGGCCAGCAUCAGCCCAUACUUCAAGGCCAUGUUUACAGGCAAUCUGUCGGAGAAGGAGACCUCAGAGGUUGAGUUUCAGUGCAUCGAUGAAGCUGCCCUACAGGCCAUCGUGGAAUACGCGUACACAGGAACAGUUUUCAUCUCGCAGGAAACGGUGGAGUCUCUCCUCCCAGCUGCCAAUCUGCUCCAGGUGAAACUUGUGCUCAAAGAGUGCUGCAGCUUCCUGGAGAGCCAGCUGGAUGCCGCAAACUGCAUUGGCAUCUCGCGCUUCGCCGAGACGUACGGCUGCCAUGACCUCUGUCUGGCAGCCACCAAGUUUAUCUGCGAGAACUUUGAGGAGGUCUGCAGGACAGAGGAGUUCUUCGAGCUCACCAGGGAGGAGCUGGACGAGAUCGUGUCCAGUGAUUGCCUUAAAGUGCUCACGGAAGAGACGGUCUUUUAUGCGCUUGAGUCGUGGAUCAAGUAUGAUCUGAGCGAGAGGCAGCAGUACCUGGCCCAGUUACUACACAGCGUGCGGCUGCCUUUGCUCAGUGUUAAGUUUCUGACGCGCCUCUAUGAAGCCAAUCACCUCGUCCGGGACGACCACGCGUGCAAACAUCUUCUCAACGAGGCCCUUAAAUACCAUUUCAUGCCAGAGCACAGGCUUUCCUACCAGACGGUUCUGUCCACCAGACCACGCUGUGCACCAAAGGUUCUUGUUGCAGUAGGAGGCAAGGCAGGACUUUUUGCCACUUUAGAAAGCAUGGAGAUGUACUUCCCUCAGACAGACUCGUGGAUUGGCCUGGCCCCACUCGGCAUGCCCCGCUGUGAGUUCGGCGUCGCCGUUCUGGACCAGAAGGUGUACGUGGUGGGUGGUAUCGCCACACACAUGCGCCAGGGCAUCAGCUACAGGCGCCAUGAGAGCACUGUGGAGAGAUGGGAUCCAGAUAGCAACACCUGGUCCUCAGUGGAGCGCAUGGCGGAGUGCAGGAGCACGCUCGGGGUUGUAGUGUUAGCAGGGGAGCUUUAUGCACUUGGGGGAUAUGAUGGUCAGUACUACCUCCAGUCAGUGGAGAAAUAUGUACCCAAAGUGAAAGAGUGGCAGCCUGUAGCACCCAUGACUAAAUCACGCAGUUGCUUUGCCACCGCAGUGCUGAACGGGAUGGUUUACGCUAUCGGAGGCUACGGUCCUGCUCAUAUGAACAGUGUGGAGCGCUAUGACCCCAGCAAGGAUUCCUGGGAAAUGGUAGCACCCAUGGCUAACAAAAGGAUAAACUUUGGUGUGGGAGUCACGUUAGGGUUUAUAUUUGUCGUCGGUGGACAUAAUGGCGUUUCACAUUUGUCCAGCAUUGAGAGAUACGACCCUCACCAGAACCAGUGGACAGGAUGUCGACCCAUGAACGAACCCCGAACAGGGGUCGGCUCUGCCAUCGUGGACAACUUCCUGUACGUGGUGGGAGGUCACUCCGGGUCUUCUUACCUGAACACCGUGCAGCGCUACGAUCCCAUCUCGGACAGCUGGCUGGACUCCAGCGGCAUGAUAACUGUGUUCCUCGGAAGGCCGCUGCAGCUGUGUGGAAACUGGUCCAGGAAAAAGAGAGCGCUGUUCUUUUCAGGAUUCGGGGGGUUAAAGGAGGACAGGCCGUGGAUCCGGGAAAGACGUUUUUCCGUCGUGCGAGCAGAGACCUCUCUAAAGGACGAGAAGGUGCUGAACGGCAGGAGACGUCAGUCACUUUGUGGUUUCUUGGAUGGCAUUGUGGCAUUUGUCUGUGGUAAUGCCAUUUAUUCUCUGAUCGAUCUCUCUCUCUCUCUCUCUCUCUCUCUCUCUCUCUCUCUCUCUCUCUCUCUCUCUCUCUCUCUCUCUCGAGCCGAGCUACAGGUGCAGAGAGCACCGAAAUCUGUGUGUCUGCAGGUCUGUGCCUGGAGAUGUGUAUGCAUGUCGUGGAUGGAAUGAGAGGUGCGUGUGCAGGACAAGCACUCAGGCUCGGGGUUAAAAUCACGGGCCGGGUUAGAAAUGUCUGCAUCUAAAGUAGUGCUUCAUGAAAAAGUGGAAGAAAAAAAACAAAACUUUAUUCACACUUUAAAAGGGCUGCCUUUCUGUCAACUUGUGUAUAGUUUGACUAAAGAAUAUAGAUUAUAUCCUCCAGUGCAUUGCCUGUAAAUGUUAUCUGCACUGUUUUGUGUGUGUGUGGACUGAAUAUGUUCAUGUUUCACUCCAGUCUCUUAAGAAUUCUUCCAAGUUCUACACAUCUCUUCCUUGAUAGCUGUAGAACCUUCGUCUUGGGUUUUGAAGUAAAUGUACUAAUGUUGCCAUGCCAUGUCUUUAUUCUACACCUUUUCUCUUACAGGCAUUGAAUGUGAUCUGUCUGUCUGUCUGUCUGUCUGUCUUUUAACCAUUGCAGGGGUGUGGGAGAUAAAAGUAAAACUCUACUGGUGCUAGUUAAUAAUUCAGGAUUCGUUUCUUUGAUCUGUCAUUUCACAAAAGCGUAUCGACUUUUUUUAAUUUUAUUAUUAUUAUUUGUGUUUUGUCAUGUUUUUGUUAUCAUCUUGAGACAAGAAAAAGAAGCUCCAUCAAGCCCUGUGCAAUAACAUCACUCAGAUAAUCGUGUCCAGCUCAGCACUCGGAAAUACACCCAGCGGCCACUUUAAUAGGAACUUGGUGUUGAUUCUAGGAUCCCUGUUCUCGGCUGCAGGCUGGAACCCAGCGUGGUCUUCGGUUCUGCUGUUGCAUGCUGAGAUGCUUUUCUGCUCAUCACGGUCGUAAAGAGUGAUUGAGUUACUCUAUCCUUCCUGGCAAAAAAAAAAAAGCUCAAACCAUUGACUCUGGCCAUUUUCUUCUGACCUCUCUCAUCAACAAGGCGUUCGUUUCCACCCACAGAACUUUCUCUCUCUCACUCAAAAAAAAAAAAGUUUUUUGUUUUGCGCACCAUUCUGUGUAAACUCGAGAGACAGUUGUGUGUGAAAACCCCAGGAGAUCAGCAGGUUCUGAAAUACUCAAACCAACAGUGAAAGAAAGUCACACUUUGAGAUCACAAUUUUUCCUAUUCGGAUGUGUGAUUUUUUUUUUUUUUUUUUUUUUUUUUUAUUAAUUACCCGAAGCUCUUGAUUUGGAUCUGCGUGAUUUGAUGCAUCGCCUUCAAAUCGGCUGAUUAGAGAACUGCAUCAAAACAGCAGUAGGCGUGUUCCUAAUAAAGUGGCCAGUGAGUGUAUAGCAUUCUAACUUCUUCUUUUUUUUUUUUUUUUCUUUUUACACACCGUGACUGAAACUCGUUAGCCCUUCAAAUCCUGACCGAGGUUUUUCAUACGCGCGUGUUCAAAGGCAUUUGAUUAAAUACAACACGUGUAACUCUCUUUAACCGAUUCUCAAAUUAUGAUAAUGAGGUUGAUGUUCGGUGAAUAGCAUACGUUCGAUGAAGGCGGUCUCCUCAUUAAUCGUAACGCAUAUCAUCCUGCACAGGUUCCGGCGUUUCUCAGAGCCUUUAUCGAAGAAACCCUCUGUCGCGUUUCCCCGUCUCCGUGUGAAGCGAUUUAAGAGCCGUUUGAAGGUGAAUUUCACACGGGCUUCGCGAUGCGCCGAAAUAAACUUUGAGACCAGGGAACUCUUGGAAAGUUCUUCAGUAAAACAGUCGAUAGUUUUCAUAUAGUAAUAAUACAAGCCGUUAUCUCUAGUGUCGAUAACGUGGCUAAAGCGCCAUUUUAAAUGUUUUUGGGGUUUUUUGUAUUUGUUUUAGCAUCCUGUCAGUCAUGUUCUAGACACGCCCCUUCGCAUCCUCAAAUCAUCCUGAGGAGAAGUUGACGUUUAUAAAGGUUCGAUGUGCCUUUCAAAAUCGCGACAGUCGGUGAUGCUAGUUUUGUAGGCGGAGCUUUAAUAUAAAUGGAUGGGAAUCCAUGAGUGGGCUCAAUAAGUUUAAAAAAAAAAAAAAAUCAAUUCUUAUUCACCCAUUUAAGCAUUAGAGACUUAUUUUUAUUUUCAACUCGAAUCUUACCAAAUGCGCCUUCAAGACCGAAUGGAAGAGAAACUCUUGUCAUCCUGUAAUAUUUUAAAUCAUUUGGAAGCCAUUCUCCAAAACUCCCAUGCGUCAGUGUGAGGAAGUGAUUACGUGUUUAUUCAAAGCUCUUCUGCGCCGCUGUAUAAACCGAUAAUCAGGCACGAUGGAGGGGGAGAAGAGUGUUUCCCUGAGUGUUUUUUGCACGUGGGUGACGUUACAAAUGGAGCUCUGCAUUGCACUUAUUAUUACACUUUGUGUGUGAGAUGCAUUUAAGUUGAAGGCAUUUAAACGAUGCAAUAAGACCAUUUCUUUUUGUUGUUGUUGAAAACAAAAUGCUGUGACUGAAA